AUGGCCCAGACAACAACUUUCCUGACACUUACCUCAGCUCUUCUCCUGCUUUUGGCUCCUGCCUGGGCUGGCAUCAUCGCCCAACCGAGUCUCAGCUAUGUGGGCGAUGAGCACGCUGUGGCACACACGCAACAGAAUGUGGUGAGGAGCUUCGAUGGCACUGUCUCGCACUAUGCCAAAUCGGUGGCCACGCCCUAUUCCCAGGUGCACAAGCAGGACACACGCAUCAGCAACAACGUCUAUCAGCCGGCCAUUGCCAAGACCGUGACUUAUUCCGCUCCAGCUCAGGUUUACACUCCGCAUCAGCCAGCUCCAGCUCAAGUUUACACCCCGCAUCAGCCUGCUGUCUACACUCAUUCAGCUCCAGUUGCCGCCGCUGCUCCAGUUUAUCAGCAUCAGCAGACCAUUCCCUCGGCUCCCGUGACUUAUGCCAGCCACCAGCCUCAAACUGUGAUUCACUAUUCGCCAGCGGAGACCGUGUCCCACAUGAGCUUCGAUGGCUUCGGCACCCACUGGGGCUUCUAA